AUGGCAUCGCUACAUAACCAAGGCUACUGGUCCAGAAACGACAUCCUGAGGUUAAUGGAACGCAUGGAGAAGAAUCUCCCACCCGAUGACAGCCAAGCAUUCAAAACAACCCAGGCAUGUCUGGACUGGGGGAAAGUAGCUUUUAACCGUUUUUCGGGAGAAAUGUGCAAACUCAAGUGGUUAGAAAUUUCUCACAAGUUGAGGAAGUACCGCACAUUGACCGAGUUAGUUGUUGAAGCCAAAGAACGAGUUGCAGAUCCCUACAGAAGCAAGGGAUACAAGAAACAUCCAGAUUACCCCAAAAGGCCUCUGACUGCUUACAUCCGCUUUUACAAGGACAAGUGGGCCCAGUACUCCCAAAUGUACCCUAAGCUCAACAACCAGGAGCUGACAAAGGUCCUGUCUGAGAAAUACAAGCAGCUCCCAGAGGACAUAAAACAGAUGUACAUUCAGGAUUUCCAGAAAGAGAAACAGGACUAUGAAGAAAAAGUGGCUCAAUUCAAGGAAGACCAUCCUCAUCUAGUCCAGAAUUCCAAGAAAUCUGGUGUCCUCAAGAGGCACCAGACCAAAGCCCCUAAAGAGUUGAAAGGAAAUGUGAGUAAUGUGAAGCCUGGUCUGGAAACUGAUGAACUUUCCAUGGAGGUGAAAUUUCCUGGUGAGCCCAAGAAACCACCCAUGAAUGCCUACCACAAAUUUCAUGAGGAAUCCUGGGCCAGUCGGGAACUGCAGCAUUUACCCCUGAGGGAGCGCAUGGUAGAGAUCAGCCGCCGCUGGCAACGUGUCCCACAGAGCAGGAAGGACAGUUACAAGAGCCAGGCUGAGGAGCUGCAGAGACAGUACUGGGUGGACCUGGAUCUCUGGCUCAAGACCUUGUCACCUGAGGAAUAUGCAGCUUACAGAGAGACUAAGGCAGCCUAUGGAAAGCGUAAGAACUGGAACGUGACAUCAGGCCCAAACCCCAAGUGCCAACGAAGAGAUGUGAGGCCCCCAAAUGACAAGGGUCUGCAAGAAGGGCUGGGAGAAGAACGGGGUCUGCAGCCUCCAGGGGCAGACUUGUCAGAGACCCUUCAGGUCCAGAGUGAUGGCUCACAGGGAUCAAAAGGGACUGUGCAGGAAGGAGUGAAGAGGACAAGGGGAGCAGCUCCUCAACUCCGGCAGUGGAGAUGA